GUGUCCACUCGUUUCAACGUUUGCUUCUCAUACGGCAUCAUGGUUCGCUAUUCUAUCCUCAACCUGGCAGCUAUUGCCACAAUGCUUCUCGGCGCUGAAGCCGGUCCCUGCCGACCAGCGACAACCGUCGCGACAAGCAUUGCUGAGACCACAUCGACGUUUGCUGCUGAUACUUCGGCUACGUCAAUCGAUACGACUACUGUUACGACCCUGGCGGAUACUACCACUACAAUCCCAGGGGAUACUACUACUAUAGCCCUGGCAGAUACUACGACUACAGACGGAGCAGAAUCUACCACUACAACUCUUGCGGAUACUACUACUACAACCCAAGCAGAAUCUACCACGACUACUGCAGCGGCAGCCUGUGCUGAAACCCAGUUGUUUAUCAACCCAGGUUUCGACGAUAGCCCCAGCGGUAUUGCGCCUUGGACCAGCAAUGCCAACCUCAUCCAAAGCCAACCCCAAUCCGGCACAAACGCACUGUCCGCGGUAUUCAGCAACGGUCAACCCGAUUACUACUUCAAGCAGACUCUGCAGAAUCUGAAUGGCGACUACGAGUUCUCCUACUACUACCGAGUUGUCAGCAUCAGCCAAGGUGCCGAUUACGUUUGCAACAUUGAGCUCAAGGUCGGAGACACAAGCAAAUUUGGCGCCAUGUACGACAGCGCUGGUGGCUGGAGGUCGGACAGCGUUAGCUUCAGUAUUACCGGCGAGGCUAUCGCACAGGCAGAUGUACAACUCAUCUUGACCUGCUACGGAGAAUUCGUCAGAAUCGAGGUCAACAUAGACAGUCUUGCGUUUACGAGAGUUUGCAGCGCUUAG